AGCCGCUCCAUGAUAUGUAUCCGGGAUAUUUACAGGUUGUUGCUUAUUAGUGUGUUGAGAAAUUGAAGGUUCGCUACUGAAAUGGAUGAAGAAUACGACGUCAUCGUGCUUGGAACUGGACUAAAGGAGUGCAUUCUCAGCGGUCUGCUGUCUGUCUCUAAACGGAAGGUCCUCCACAUGGACAAGAACAAAUAUUACGGCGGUGAGAGCGCCUCCAUUACGCCACUAGAUCUUUUGUAUGAGAAAUACGGCAAAGGCAAACCGCCAGAGAGCUUUGGUCGCGGCAGAGACUGGAACGUUGACCUUGUCCCAAAGCUUCUCAUGGCCAAUGGGGAGUUGGUCAAGAUGUUGAUUCAUAGUGGAGUGACUCGCUAUCUGGAGUUCAAAUCUGUGGAGGGCAGUUAUGUGUACAAGGGAGGGAAGGUGUACAAGGUGCCGGCUGAUGAGAAGGAGGCACUGACGUCCAGUUUGAUGGGACUAUUUGAGAAGAGACGAUUCAGGAAGUUUCUGAUUUUUGUCAACGACUUCAAUCUUGAUGAUCCUAAAACGUUUCAAGGUAUUGAUCCGGAUCGUACCACAAUGAAGGAGGUGUAUGACAAGUUUGGGCUGGAUGGCAACACUGCUGAUUUCACCGGGCAUGCUUUUGCAUUGCAAUUUGACGACAGCUACAUGAGUAAACCAUGUAAAGAUACUCUGAUGCGUAUCAAGCUCUACUGCGAAUCACUGACACGUUAUGGGAAGAGUCCGUAUUUGUACCCUUUGUAUGGUCUCGGUGAAUUGCCGCAGGGAUUUGCAAGACUGAGUGCUAUUUAUGGAGGAACCUACAUGCUGGACAAGCCAAUAGAGCAGUUGAGCUACGAUGAAAAUGGUAUUGUUUGCGGAGUUACAUCAGAAGGAGAGACUGCUCGAACUAAGUGUGUGAUUGCUGAUCCAACAUACUUUUCUGACAAAGUGAAGAAAGUCGGGCAAGUCGUACGUUGCAUUUGUGUCAUGUCUCAUCCAAUCCCAAACACCAAAGAUUCAGUUUCGUGCCAACUCAUCAUUCCACAGAAUCAAGUUGGCCGAAAGCAUGACAUCUAUGUGUGUAUGGUGUCAUCUGCUCACAAUGUCUGUCCGAAAGGUAAGUACAUUGCCAUGGUCAGCACUACAGUUGAGACAGCCAAUCCUGAAGCCGAACUGAAACCGGGCAUCGACAUGCUUGGCCCUAUAGAAGAAAAGUUUGUUACCGUGUCCGAUCUGUUUGAACCACUUGACGAUGGUUCUAAGAGCAAGGUCUUUGUGACAAAGUCUUAUGAUGCUAGUACACAUUUCCAGUCAGCCUGUGACGACAUCGUGGACAUGUACAAGCGAAUCACGGGCGAGGAGUUUGAUUUCUCGAAGGUGCAAGAAGACUUGGAGAGUGUAGAAAACCAGUGAAUGUGACCAGUGGAGUUGUUCUUGUCAAAUUUGUUUUCGCUUGCUGUUUGUGACACGUAGUGCAUGGAAAGUCGUUUGUACUUGUUAUAAAAUAGAUUGAAUUUGUAUUGGUGA